UCUCAGCCAGCCUCGUGUAUGACUCUCCCUCUGUUCAGCUUGUAUCUAUCGUGGUAAAUGUCUCAUCGCACGAAUCAUGACCUUUGCCUAGUUAAUGGCUUCGCCCAAUGCGGAAAUUUAUGUCGCGUCCUGUCACCCAGCACAAUGAGGUUACCACACUACAGCAUAUCUCAACUAAUAUGGUACUUUAUAUGCGGGCCUACCUGUCUCCCUGGCUCAUUUCAGUCUUCCACUAGGUGGGGAAAGCCUUCUGUGUUAUCAACUGGCAUAAUACCAUCCGAACACUUCCUUUGUGCAAUACCUAGAGCCUAAGGCCCAAAUUCCUACCUUCAAUCCUUGACCUGACAAUGACCGUGAAAUUCAAUGACAGCGGCUUCUUUCCUACAGGAGGCCUAGGGAGCCUUCAGGGUCGUAGUCCAGGUAUCGUAGCUACUCCACAAGACAUUGCCAGGUACGAACGGCAGGCUGCAGAGACCAAGUGGGAUAACUACGGAAUAGUGAAGGAUGUCUUUUCAAGCCAGAUUGAUUUCCUCAGCUAUCUAUCACGGGCAGUUUGUAGGGAUCUUCUAACCAUGCGAAUUCCCUACUCCAUGCCAUUACCCAGUGGACCCAAUGCGCAAGUCAUAGGUAGUUACCAUUUGAACUGUGCCCAAGCACUGAUUAACGCCAUAUCACGCAGCGAGAGAUGCUGGACAACCGUCCAAAAUCUUGCUAGUCGUAUCAAAAGUCCGCAUGCUACUACCGGUCACGCGGAGGAUAUCAUAACCCUACGAAAGGAAACUGCGCAGAUCCGCGACCAGCUUGUCGAAAUCUUCAAUGCAUGUGGCACCUUCAUUGGGGCAAUCGAUACCCUAAUGUCGGACCUUAGUGUGCCGCCAAGCAUUUCAAACUCCUUGACCGACCGAUCGGAUUUCACAAGCAAUCUGCGUACGAUUUCUAGUCAGGUAAUUGGGCAUUGCUCAAGGUUCUUGGUACCUACCCAGCUGUCCAAGUUCGAGCAGUUAGAGGGGCACAUAGGAGACUAUGAGAAUGCUUUGCAACUACACAAGAGCACUGCAAACAGCAUUUACUCGACUCAUCAAGCCGAAUCGGCUCGAAUUAUGGAACCACUCCGAAAGCUGAUUAUUGCAAUCGAAAAUAUGUUCCAGCAUUGUAUCAACGGGGACGCAAAGAAGUCAACCCAGGAGAGUACUAUUGAUGGCUUGUUCGAGACCUAUAACUCAUCGUUUUCCGACAACUUGAACAAACCAAACCACUUCGCAGUCCUGGCUCAGGUAGCCGAGGCGUACGUACGCUUUUCACAAGAUCAUCUACAACCGGGAGCAGACAAAUGGCAAAAUCUGAUUGAUGAUUGUCUUUUCUCGCUGAACCCACCAUCUCAGGAAAAGCUGAAUGAGUUCCAGAGAGCGAUCCAGGCUUGGGCGGACGAUGCCAAGAGUCAUGUUGGUGAUUUAGAUAAGGAUCUGCAUGGGAAAUAUGAAAUUAUGCGCGGAAAUGGGUUGCCUGACUUCUUGAGGCAUGGAGGCAUAGUCUCCUAACUAUCGGGAUCGUCCAAUGAAUAGUUGAGGACCAAGCCUCCUAUUAUCGGUUAGGUUUUCUGGCAGGAGACUCAUGGGGGCCUCACGGUCGCCACGUACUCAGCCCUCGUUACAUGUAGAUUUCGUGAUGCGAAAUCAACGCAAUGAUAGCUUCAUAUAACCCUAAAUUUGUUAAGUUCUAUUUACUGUUGCCUUUUGCAUUCCAAGACUUGCAUUCGUAUGACGUCCCGCAAGUGGCUUACUGCUAUACGUGACGUCACAGUUCCCUUAUAUUGUUGUAUCUCCACAAAUCCAAAUAGGUAUUUCAUUAGGAGACUUCAGGUUUCAUGGUCUUCAGGGGGAUUCCUACGUUAACUGGUAAAUAACCAGGGAAGGUCAAUGCCUGAAAACCUUAAGACUGAUGUACCAGG